ACAGACGGACGCACAAAACAACAUUCAGGGUCUAUGGGCUUAUCAUUGAUUUUUAAAAUAUGUCUUUUUUUCAUAUAAACCAGUGCAUAAAAACAGUGUACAUUGUUAAAGAAUGGACAAAAAUAUGUAUGGACACGAGACAUGAAAAACAGUGCAGAACAACAAGGACAAUUUUCAUUUCUUUAUGUUCGAUUCCUGAAAAAAACUAAAUGCUGCUAUAAGAUUUAUGAUAUGUUUCAUUUUUAUCUCCCUUGAACAUGUUGAAAUAUGUUUACAGGAAAACACUGCCUAUCUCUUAAACUAGAAUGCAGCUGAAACGUUCUGUGUGUGUUAAAAUGAGCAUUCAUGCAUUGACAGAGGUUAUACUUGUGUGAAAAAAGUUUAUGUGAAGUUAAUAUAAAAUGGAUAUCUGUCUAACAAUAUUUGUUUUGCUGUUUUAUUUUGGUGUUUCAGUGGCAGGGGCAGAUAUAAACACUGCAAAGCCGGUUAUUAAUGGAAACGAUGCUAAUGUAACCUUUGUUGUUGGUGAAACAGCGAUCUUAGAGUGUUACAUAGAAGGUUUGGGCAAAUACAAGGUUGGAUGGUUGCGAAAUGAAACCCGUCUGUUAGCAAUAGACCAACAACUUUUUACAGACGACACUAGAUAUACCGUGGAGCGCCCAAACGAAGGGUGGUGGAAUUUGCAUAUAAGCAAUGUAACUUACAGGGACAGGGGACAGUACAUCUGUCGUAUAAACACAGAUCCUCCAAUCUCUAAACAUGUCACUCUAAAUAUUAUAGUUCCUGCUAAAAUACGAAAGGAUGUUUCAAGUCACGACACUACUCUGAGGGAAGGCGAAACAUUAACACUGACUUGUAAAGCAUUAGGUAUUCCUGAGCCAAACAUAGAAUGGGUAAAGGGAUCCACGUGGUCGUUACCAAGUAUGAAAGGAGAGACAAUGAACAUUGUCAACGUAACAAGAGAAGACGGAGGGGUGUACUACUGCUAUGCUAGAAAUCCGUUAACUGCCUUCAUGCAAAUAAAAGUUACAGUUAUAUUUGCGCCUGAAAUAAAUUUGAGAGUAAAAGAAAUAGGGCACACUAUCGGAGGCAAGAUAUAUUUGGAAUGUAGGAUUUUUUCCAUUCCAACACCAACUAUAUAUUGGUUAAAGGACAACGAUACUCUAGAAUCUGCCAAUGAAGAAUUGUAUAAGGUGGGAAUGUUUCAGGGAUAUUCAGAUAACACGUUGUCUACGUUAAGUCUGUCACUGUCUUACCUACAGCAAGAACAGCUCGGAGUGUUUACGUGUGUUGCCGAGAACUCAGCUGGUAACAGGUCUGAGUCGGUGCACAUUUAUGCUGUUGAUGCAAAUGUAGAGUCUGAUGCGUGUGCUUGGGCCAUCAAUGGUUCGAAUACCAACUUUACAGCAAUACCAAGAAUUACACCUAUGGCACGGCGUAUUGGACAGUAUCUAGGGCAUGAUGUUGUACUAGAAUGCGAAGUCACCGAGGCCGCUCAGGAAGAUGUAUACUGGCUGAAGGAUAAUGUUACUUUAGAAUUCUUCACCAGGGAAUACUAUAACGUAUACACAAUGGAUUAUGAUAUUCCAGAAGUAAUUUUAAAACUAAAGAUAGAAAAUGUUAGGGGAAGUCAGUUUGGGGAGUACAAAUGCUGCGCUGAAAAUUCCGUGUGCACGGUCUGUGAGACUGUUGUUUUAUAUGAAGUUCUUCCAGAUUUGCGUACAAAUAUUGUUACAAGUACAGACGGCACUACUAGUACAGAAAAACGUGGCGAAGCUCCGAAAGUAUCAUUGCUUGCUAAAAUGAUUGGUCAGAUUAAAGGAAGUGACGUCAUAUUGGAAUGUGAGAUUUUUACAAGAACACCUACUAACAUGUAUUGGCAAAAAGACAAUGAAGCAUUACAGUCUCUGGACAAGAACACAUUCAAGGUUGAGAAGAAUCUAGAUGGGUAUACGACAACAUUUCGUUUGCGGUUACUGAAAAUUCGAGACUGUCAGUUUGGAAACUAUUCAUGCCAUGCCAAUAAUUCAUUCGGCGAAGAUUUUGAUUCAGUGCUUGUAUAUGGGACUUCAAUAUCAAAACUACAAACAGUAAAGAUUCAGAUUGCGCAACCCGUUUUUCAUCUCGGCUUUAUUUCAGAUUUUUCGAAAGAAUUCCCAGUAGAAAGCAACGAACGGAUCUCUUAUGGUAUUCAAGAUAGUGGAUCAAGAUGUACACAAAACAUUCAACAUACAGUGUUUAUUAUAACGGCGCUCGUGUUAGUAAAUGAACUCAUUUAGAUAUCAAAUGUUAGUUCUCCAUUAAUUCUAAGAUGAUAUUCCCAGGUUAAAAUUGAUCAGACUAUGUGUCAUGAUGUGUCAAAUGAAGAUAGAAUAAAUAACCAUGAGCAACAAUCAAUCUGUACACAUUUAAAUAACCUUAACAUCUAUAUAAAUAUAUGUUCUUUUUUUUUUCAAUAAAAUUAUCAACAGAGUGGUUAAUUUUACGACUCCGUGUAUAAACUUUUAAGACUAGAUUGCAAGGACGGAACCAUACAAACUUUGUUUUCGAUGUCGAAUUUUAUUAUUAUUCAUCGAUUUCGUUCUUUAUCUGUAUUUAAUGUUCAAUGACAUCGGCACAGACAAAAAUGUUAGACUAGCUCUUCUCUCCCGAAACACUUAAAAUAAUUUUAAAGCGACAGACGUACAGCACAAACAGCGAGUUGUAGUUGCUUUAAAAAAAAAACAAAAACAAAAAACAAACAUUGUCUUAUUGAGACCUCGCAUUUAUCUUAGAAACAUUUUUAUUUUAAAUCUUGUGAAUAUAUCAAACAUAUGACAUGAACAUGAUUAUUAAUUAUCAAGAAAUAUGAAGUCUGGACAAAAUUAUUUCGAGUGCAAGAGUGUUGGACACCAUAUAUUAUAACAUUGAAAUGAAGCAAUGCAGAAAUAACAAAAUGAGCUGAAUAGAGAUAAAAUGCUACUGUUUCAUGCCAUCAUAGCUGCUAUAGAGAUAAAUGAGCCGCGUCACGACAAAACCAACAUAGUGCGUUUGCGACCAGCAUGGAUACAGACCAGCCUGCGCAUCCGCGCAGUCUGAUCAGGAUCCACAAACCCUAUUACAAGUAGAGAAACUGAUAGCGAACAGCAAGGAUCCUGAUCAGACUGCGCGGAUGCGCCGGCUAGUCUGUAUCCAUGCUGCUCGCAAACGCACUGUGUUGGUUUUGUCGUGAAUCGGCUCAAAUUUCCUUCGUAUUAUAAUGCUGAACUUUUAAUAAGCAUCAAAUGUUUCAGUGAGAAUAUUUUAAAUUGCAUGUUUAAUCAAUAAGAUUAAAGGUC